AUGCGUCGAUGGAUGAACGUCCCUGAUUCCUUUGCUGAAUACCCACUGCUGGCCAUCUACGUCGCCAAGUUCAGGCUCAGGAAAUAUCCUUUUGACGUUCUUCGCAACGACAUCAAUUGGCCUGAACCAUAUGUGGUCCUAAACACUAUUAUGAAGCGACUACGAAGCCACCGAUUUCUGAAGGGGAAUGCUGAUGCUGCCACUAUACCUGAGGACAUUAGAAAGGUUAUAGCACUAGGUGAUGUGAUCCCAAAUGGCAUGGAGGACGAAGUCCUAGAAAUGCCUUAUAGCGCAAGUAAAGUGAGCGCGAACAACAACCGUGUGAUGAAGGUUUUGAGGGGUCAGAACACAAGGAAUGAUGUUGCCAAGUUCUUCGAUGAAAUUCUAAGCUCCGAGCACUUAGAACUAUAUCAAGACCCGGCAAUUAUCCAAUUAGUGUCAGCGUAUCCAUAA